UGACUCGGAAUUUCAGUUCGAAUGAAAGAUGAUGAUGGUGAUGAACAUCAAACAUUUGAUUCUAAUCAUAUUACUGGAUUAUAUAAUACCGGGACAAUCAAUAAAAUGUUAUAUUUGUGAAUAUAAUAUCAAUUAUUGUAAGACGCCACAUUGUUAUAAUAAUUAUGAUGUUUGUAGUGCUAAUCAAUUUGCAUCCGUACUGGUACCGGUACGUGAAUGUCCACGUAAUUGUAUGCUGAAAGCCGUAACGAAUCCAGCUGGUAUCGUAUUGAAAUGGAAACGUUUAUGUGCUCCGGAAGAUGAUCUUACACGUGGUUUCAGUUGUCGUAUUGAUUAUGUUUUUGGUGCACGUAUUGAACAAUGUACCUGUGAUAAAGAUUUCUGUAAUCAUACCGAAUCAAUCAUCAUGAAGAAUCCUCGAUAUUUUCAUCUUUUAGUAUUGAUUAUUUUGAUCUGUGACGACGACGUGACCAUUUAA